AAAAUCACGUGUGAACCUCAUCCCUGUGAAUGCCGCUCCACUUCCAAGGCAAACUCUGAAACCUCUCUGGUUCUCUGUGACAGCGGAACAAAUUAUAUGAUCAUGUAUUCGUUGACACUGAAACCCUUCUUCACUCCUCAAUUAGUUUCUUCGUCUUCUUCAACUUCCACUUCGUCCUCUUCGAUUUCUCUCGUGUCCUUCCCAUCUCGUUCGGUCUCAUCAAUUAGCUUUCCCAGAAAUUUAAAGCACAAAGGAAGAUUUGGUCUCAGAGUUGAAGCAUACGAUUCCUCCAAUAAUGACACUUCCAACCCUGCCAGUGCUGGCGGCGACUCCAAACCCCCUAAUGGCACUUUGUCAAAGAGCAGGAGAGAAAUUUUACUGGAAUAUGUUAAGAAUGUGCAGCCAGAAUUUAUGGAAUUGUUUGUGAAAAGAGCGCCACAACAGGUUGUGGAUGCAAUGCGACAAACAGUGACAAAUAUGAUUGGAACACUGCCCCCUCAAUUUUUUGCUGUAACAAUUACCACUGUAGCUGAAAACCUUGCACAACUCAUGUACAGUAUCAUGAUGACUGGAUACAUGUUCAAGAAUGCACAAUAUCGUUUGGAAUUGCAAGAAGGUUUGGAACAAGUUGUUGCUCUUCCGGAUGUGCAAGAUAAAAAGGAUGUGCCAGACUAUGCACCUGGCACACAAAAGAAUGUUUCAGGUGAAGUUAUUCGGUGGAACAAUGUUUCUGGGCCUGAGAAAAUAGAUGCUAAAAAGUACAUUGAAUUACUUGAAGCGGAGAUUGAGGAGCUGAAUCGUCAAGUUGGGAGACAAUCUAGCAAUGGACAAAAUGAACUGUUGGAAUACCUAAAAUCUCUCGAACCUCGAAAUUUGAAGGAGUUGACCAGUAGUGCUGGCGAGGAUGUAGUGUUUGCGAUGAAUACAUUUAUAAAGCGCCUGCUGGCUGUUUCGGAUCCUAGCCAAAUGAAGACUAGCGUGACCGAGACUAGUGCAGCUGAACUUGCGAAGCUGCUUUAUUGGUUGAUGGUGGUUGGGUACAGCAUACGCAAUAUUGAAGUUCGUUAUGACAUGGAAAGAGUACUUGGCACCCCUCCAAAGCUAGCUGAAUUGCCGCCAGGUGAAAAUGUUUAAGCAGUCUGGAGUAAAGUAGUUCAACAAAGUACUGGUGUCUCUUAGUUGAAGCCAAGUGCCCUAAUUAGAUUUUGCACUUUUUUUGUUGAUUGGCUGAAAGGCCAGUCAUGAGCUCAAAGAGAAGUCUGCAUUUUUCAGCGGCCAUGAACGAUUGAUCUCUUAAUAUUAUUAAUAUAUUUGAUGAAACUUUUAUUCACAAUUAUACUGACAAAGAUAUCAAGGUCGAUUCCCUGAAGAUGUGCUAUGCUUUUAUAUUACUUCUUUGACAGCCUGAACUGUGGUGAUUUUUUUUAAAGGCGGCAGUUAUUGUUGGUUCA